CAGUUAUCAAGUCUUCUGAACAUCGAUCUAUAUAUCAACUUCAUAUUAAAACUGGUCUAACCAAAGUUGAAAAUUUUCAACAGAACACAUAAACUUGCCAGUGUUAAAAAUAAACCAUUAUUUGCUGUUAGUAAAAGCGUCUAAGUGGCUUUAAAUCUAUAUUAUUUUAACUGAAAGCAAAUUCAAUAAUCGAGAACUACUAUAUUGUCGAGUUUUGAGCUAGGAGUGGAAAAAAUUGACAGCAAUGCAGAUAUUUGCGGAGGCGACACUAUAUGCCACUGCAUGCAUAGCAGUGGCCACUUUGGGUAUGGGCUUGUGUGCCAUCUGUGGGACCCACUGGGUGGAUGCGAGGACAUACCACUAUGGCCUGUGGGAGUACUGCUUUAAGUACCAGUCGCAGACAUACAGUGCCAAGUGCUACGACAUACGCGACAUUGUCGACGUCGAAGGCUACCACACAUUCACACAGGUGUUCUUUGUAUGCGGGGUGGCCCUCUGUCUCGUCAUACUUCUCAUGCUGGGACUGAUCACAUGCAUGGUCAUCAAUGAAGAGGAUCGAAAGCUGUUCAUAUUUGUCGCACUCGUAUUCUCCAUCAUUCAGGCCUCUUUGCUAUUCAUUGGCCUGGCGGUGUUCCAGGCUAAAACGGACAAACUGGAGUCUGAGGGUCUGGACUCGGACUGGGGAACUGCCCUCGGUUGGACCACUGCCUGUCUGAGUGUUCUCAAUGCCAUAAUAAUGGCCGUGCACGUUAUCAUGAAUCGACAACAUUACCAAGUCUGAACUUAACACCGAAGCGCUGAUAUGGGAAAAAUAAACAGCGUUCUUAUAACGCUUUGCCUCUUACCUUCAUAAUGCCUGUUUGCUGACUAUAAUGAGUGGUUGCGAUGAUUUAAUUUAGUUUAAUUAGAA